AUGGACCACACACCCGGCGUACUGCUCGAACCGGUAUCUGUAGACUCCAAGAUCGAAAAUCGAUGCCUCGUCAUUCUGAAUCAGCCCCUCCAGCAGCGCGAUACCUUUGAAGCGAUCUGGACACACGCAUCAACCUGGAUUUGCGCUGACGGUGGGGCAAAUCGCCUGCACGAUCUAUUCGAAGGCGCAUGUCAGGGGCGUCGCUCCGACUUUUUACCCACUGCCAUUGUAGGGGAUCUGGAUUCUCUUCGACAGGAUGUUCGACAGUUCUACGCAACGAAAGGCGUGCAGAUCCAUGAAGACGCAGAUCAGUACAGCACAGACUUGGCCAAGUGUAUGAGAUUUGCCCUUUCGUCGCCAUGGCAAAGUCCUACAGAAGAGGUCAUCCUACUGGGCUCACUAUCUGGAAGACUGGAUCAUGCAAUAGGAUUGUUGCAUGAGAUGAUGCGAGAAGCCAUGCGAACCCCGGAGCUUCGUAUAUGGCUAUUCUCGGACAUUAGCAUAUCCUUUAUCCUGAAAGCUGGAGUUAACAGGAUUCUGCUGCCGCAAAACCAUAUCUGUUUCACUCCAAACGUGGGUAUUCUCCCAUUAUAUGGUCCAGCUAAGAUCUCCACGCGGGGCCUGGAAUGGAAUGUCACUGGAUGGGAGACUUCCAUGGGCGGUCAAGUUAGCACGAGCAAUCAUGUUGUUGAAGACUCAAUUACUGUUGAUAGUGACGCCUGCGUGCUUUUCACCAUAGAACGACGCGAUGGAAUGAUGCGUUGA